AUGAUUAUUGACAGGGUGGCAGCAAAAGUGAUGUGGUCCAAACGAAUCAACAGGUUCGUCCUCACGAAGGCGGCGGCUGGUUCGUUGCCAUUCAUUCUUCGUCUGCCUGCUGGAGAAUCGUGGCUGAUCAAGCGUGCCCUUGACUGCGGCGCACAUGGGCUACUAAUGCCGAUGUGCGAGACCAAAGAGCAGGCUCCAUCAGGCGUAUGCGCCUGCCGUCAUCCAGAUGUAGAGAGAUGCAAAGAUGGCUUGCGUGGCACUGGCGCGAUGUUUUCUCCCGCCAAUUUCAAUCAAGAUGGUAGUGUGUACCUGAUGUAUGCAAACCAAAACAUCACCCUCAAGGCCCAGAUCGAGGCUAAGAAGGCAGUGGACAAUAUGGAGGCGCUUGCUGCAGUUGAUAGCAAAGAUGCUUUGUUUGUGCGACUGAUCGACUUGGCUUACUCGAUUGGCUUCUUUUGCACUGACAAGACCAUCCAAAGCAUUUAG